GCUGACAGCCGGUCAUAGGAUGUGGGGUUACGCAUGGGGCGUGAGAAAAUAAAGUGUGGGAAAGAGUGGGCGUCGCGAGCGUAGUAAAACAUUUGAUAUGUUGUAGUGAACUGAACACAUAUUUACGAACACAGCGCCAGUAGCAGCAUUUGGUGAUACGAGUGUGUGCGUGAUAAAUACAUCGAGUUCAUGAAGCGAAAAGGUUGCGAUGUGUGAGGAAGAGACCGACGAUUGACCGGAGAUCUCGUGGGAAACGACCUUUGUUAUGUACACUGAUAUAUACAUUAGUUAGUAUAAACAAAAAAUCUGUUCUGGAAUUUGAUAGCACGCGAUGGGAGUUACUGGACUGUGGAGACUGAUCGAGCCCGCAGGCAAACCUGUACCAGUGGAGACUUUAGAAAACAAAGUCUUAGCUGUGGAUAUUUCAAUAUGGUUGCAUCAGAUGGUGAAAGGAUACCAAGAUGCAAAAGGUGCCCCAUUGGCAAAUGCUCACUUAAUGGGACUGUUUCAGCGUCUCUGCAAGUUAUUGUACUUCCGAGUCAAGCCUGUAUUUGUUUUUGAUGGUGGAUUUCCUGAUCUAAAAAGGGAGACUAUAAAUAAGAGACAAGAUCACAAAACCAAAUACAACUCGGAAUCAGAAAGGAUCAAACGAGAGCUGGCACUCAUACUUAGCAAGAAAAUGGCUAUAAGUAGUUUACUUGGCAAACAAUUAUCUCCAAAGAAAAACGCAGCAGGCACUAGUAAGCCGUCAGCUGAUGAUGACUUAUUUAAAUUACCAACAUUGCCAGCAAGAGAUGAAAGUGAAUCAGAGUCUGAAGAUGAAGACAGUUCUAGUAGUUCCAUUAUAGAUUUACAUUCAAUUGAUGUUGAAUCAGAGAAUUUCAAACAAUUACCAGUCAAAGAAAAAUAUAACUUACUACUAGAUUUGAAAGAAACAAGGAAAAUGAAUUCAUGGGGAAAACUUCAUGAAUUACCUAAACAAAGUGAUAACUUUUCAGACUUUCAAAUGCAGAGAUUAUUAAAGCGUCGGAAAGUUCAAGAAUGCCUGGAAGAGACAGAAAAAGAGAUGGGUGAUGGUGGGAUGUCUUUGAAUGAGCUAGAAUCCCUACUAAAUGAAGAAGGUAUAGACACCAAAAUUGAAGCCCUUCCAACCAGGAGAAUUGCCUCUAAUAAUACAACACGUUUUCUUCUUAUUAAUAAUGUUAAACAGGCUAUAGAAGAUGCGAAAAAGAAAAAACUUGAAGGUAACAAAAUUUCCGUUGAAACAGUUGCAAAUAAAACAGAAAAAUACGAAACUAACAUUGAGAAGAUUGAUGAAUUAGAAGAUGAUUUACAAAAAGCAAUAAAAAUGUCUUUGCAAUGUGUUGAUGAUGGUAAUGCAUAUGCAUCCACAUCUAAUGAUCUAGACUCAAGUACUUAUACUUCUAAAACUGAUGAUUCCUGGACAUCUUACUUAAGUGGCUCUGAAAAUUCUCACUGUGAUUCAGAUGAAGAUGAUGGUUUUGAGCAACCCGAUAUGACUUCAGCUAAAUCUUACAUCAUGCAGUAUAGUGACUUCACACAUAAUGCAAUUGAUCAAAUUGUUAGCGUUAGGAAUAAGAAUAAUCAAAAUAAACGAAAGGGUCAGAAAAUUGAUAAAAUCAUUGAAGAACUCCAUAAAGAAAAGUCUAUUAUUGCCGAGAAAUUAGAACUUUCUUCGGGCGACGAAGGAGAAGUAAAAAAUAACAAUAGUCCUAAUGUAAAUCUAAAAAUAGAGCCAGAUUCGUGUGAUGAGGAUAUACUGGAAUCUGAAAUUAAUGAAGGUACUCAAUCAUCACUUAUGAUUAUUGAGAACCCAACACAAGAAAUUGUGUGUCUCGAUACGAGUGCUGAAGAUAAUAUCGAAGAAAGGUUAACUUACACUGUUACUAAAAGUUCUGAUUCCAGUGAUAAUGAUGAUGAGUUUGAGGAAGUACCUGAAGUAAAUAAUGCAGUAAGCAAAACUGUUGUGGAACUUACAUUAAAUGUAGUUGACAAGCUUGAGGAUGACAUAUUUGCAGAUGUUUUUACAAGUCAUAAAGAUAGUAAUUUUAAAAUAAAUGAAAGUAAAAGUGGUAAACCUCAACCUGAUAUUAAUGUAUCAAACCAAAUCAUGAAUAAUGUCUUACAUGAAAAUAUAGCUACAAAUACGAAAAUAGAUGGUCAUAAUAGUAGUGAUGAUUUCAAACAAAAUCAUAAUAAAAGCGCCGAAAUAGACACAGUCAAGAAUCCGACGAUAUCAAAAUCCAUACACAUUUCCAAUAUUCAACAUGAAUUGCAUAAUGUAAAAGAUUUCGAUGCUCCAGUACAUACGAAAAUCAGCGCAAACGCUACAGUGAAAAAUAGCAGUCAAGACUUAUCAAAACUCAUAGGUGUUCAUGUUAAAGAUAACAUUGGCAAUGAAAUUGCUGUACAUAAAAACAUACAACCUAAAGAAGUUUCUCCAGCUUUGAGUAAAGAACAGUUACAUUCCAUGGUUAAUGAAAUAGAAAAUGUGGAGCAAGAUUUGAUACAAGAAAAAGGCAGAUUAGAUAGAGUUGGCAGGAAUAUAACAGAGCAAAUGACCAAAGAAGCGCAAGAAUUAUUACAGAUAUUUGGCAUACCUUACAUAAUAGCACCAAUGGAAGCAGAAGCCCAAUGUGCUUUCCUCGAAGCUAUUAAUUUAACUGAUGGCACUAUUACAGAUGACAGUGAUAUCUGGCUCUUUGGUGGGAAAACUGUUUAUAAAAACUUUUUUAACCAGAAAAAACAUGUUUUACAAUUUUUAUCUGAAAGAAUUGAAAAGUCUUUUAAUCUCACUAGGGAGCACUUGGUGUUACUGGCUCUCUUAGUGGGUAGUGAUUACACCACCGGCCUAAAUGGAGUUGGUCCAGUUACUGCUUUGGAAAUUUUAGCGUCAUUCCCUUUCAAUAAAAAGAAGUUCCUCAACGAAUCGACUCAACAGGGCCGUUACCAAGAAGUCAUAACUGGAUUACAGGAUUUUAAGAAAUGGGUCAGAACUGGGAAGAGAACCGAUAAUACCACAUUGAAGAAAAAGUUGAAAAAUGUCGAAGUUUCUGAGGAUUUUCCAAGUAUAAGAGUGGUUCAAGCUUAUUUGGACCCUAAAAUAGAAAAAAGUGAAGAAAGUUUCACUUGGGGUGAAAUGGACAUCACCGUUUUAAGAGAUUACACCAGGGCCAAGUUUGGCUGGUCACAGAACAAACUAGAUGAGAUUAUCAAACCAGUGAUGAAAAGGCUAGAAGAACGUAAAAGUCAAAAGAAUAUACAAGACUAUUUUAAGAAAAAAGUGGAUUUCCGAUCACUUGAUGAACAUUUGAGUAAACGUGUUAAAGAUGCUGUACAUAAAAUGGGUCCAGAUGGUACUUUGCAUACAGAGAGCACAGACGUAACGAUUAAUAAAAAGACAGCUAAGAAACGAAAAACAAAAGGUGAUAAAAAUAGUCAAGGUACCUCGGCAGAUUGUGCUAUACCAGGACCCUCGAAAUCAAAGCAGAGGAAAUCUAACGAGACCACAGUCCUUGAUGAUCUUGGCGUUAAAGUUGUCUCCAAAGUACGCGAAGGAAAGUCUACAAUAGAAAUAACGAUUCCAAAAACAGAUAGGGUUCAAGAAAUAAUACCACAGCGGGAAAAGGACAAACAAAGCCUAUUACAGAAUAAGAUGAAAGCAAUAGAAAUAUUUAGGAAAUCGAAUAUAGAUCAGAAAAAGAAAAAUACAAAAAGAAGAGUUGUUUUACCUAAAGAAAAGGCUGACCUGUCAGAAAGUGACAGUGAUUAGUUGUUGAUAUUUUUAUUUUCUAUGUUAAAUAAUAAAAAACCUUCAUAAAAUAGUCAA